GCCUUAUGGCCUAAGGGUGUUGUGAGAUCGUUGAGUGGCGUGUUGCGGAACCUCGGGGACAAGCAUGGGAACAUCGUGAUCGUGGCUCAGCCCACGAAGGGGCACAUCAUGGUCAAGGGCCCCGCGGACAAGAUCGAGGAAGCCAAGCCAGGUCUCCGCGCCAUUAUCGAGGAACACUUCCCGGAUGCCGAUUGUCCGGAGGAACUGAAGGAGGGGGCUCAGGCGAUGGAAGUCGAACAGCCCCAGGCGCCCACGCCUGCGCCCGCUCCGGCGCCCGCGCCGACGCCGGCGGCUCCUGCAGCUGCCAAGUCCGCACCAGCAGCACCGGCAAAAGCGAAGGCCUCUGUGCCUGAGCCCCAGGCCGAGAAG